UUCUUCCAAUGAUAUUUCGUAUCUAAUCACAUGGGAAGGGAAAUAUGGCUGCAUUGGAUAGGGAAGUGUUUGCUUCGCUUCAGUUCUUACUGAAAGCUCCUUCAAAGAAUGUUGUUCGGCAGUUAUGCCAAGAGUGCUUUUCUAGUUCAGGAAUUAUAUCUGAAAAGCUCACUGAAAGUACCUGUUCCAAUCUCUCAGUAACUCCCAAUGAAGCAAAUCAGUUAAUCCAGUCUUUGCAUAGCCUUACAAGGCACAUUGUUUACCAUGGCCUAACGUCGCAAGAAGAAAUUCUGCCUCUCUUUCCAGAAGGAUUUCACCAGAAUCUUAAAAAUCUUGUAACCAAGAUAAUCUUGGAAAAUGUUGCCGCCUGGAGAAAUGAAGCACAAGCUAGUCAAAUUUCCCUCCCAAGGCUAGUAGAUAUGGAUUGGAGAGUAGACAUUAAGACAUCUUCAGACAAUAUCAGCAAAAUGGCUAUUCCUACCUGCCUGCUACAACUUAAGAUUCAAGAUGAUGCUGGCUUGUGUGGAAAUGACUUUGCAACAUCUGCAUUAACAGUAGAGCUGAAUAAACAAACAUUGGACACUAUGCUGGAUGGUCUAGGGAGGAUUCGGGAUCAGCUUUCGACGAUUGCAAAUAAAUAAUACUCUUAAAGUAAAAAAAACCCGCAUCAUCCAUUUGUAUGCAUAAAAGUAUUUUCUUUCGAACUCAAAUAUGAUAUUUCAUAUGGAUUCAUUUAGCCGUUCUAUUUUGUUUCACCCCCUCAAGGGCUAAACACAGUUUUAAUAAUCUAGAUAUUCUCAAAGAAGAUUGUAUUUUGGGAGUGCUGCCUAAGAUAAGCUUAUAAUGUCACUCAGGCCCUCAGUUUGCAUCUAUUGCUACAGAAGUUCAUAACUGUGGUUAAUAGGAAAGUUUUAACAAGAAAAAGAAGCAGCCAGUGAAGCAGAUUAUUUCCCUGGAUUAAAAUUGUACUAUUAGAAACACAAAUGCAGCUAAUUGACCAGUUUCCAAUUCACACAUACUUUUGAAAAGGGUGUGCUGAAGAGCAUGUCAUCAGAGACAUUUCAUCUUCACUGAUGCAUCAUUUUUGACAUAGGACAAUUGUGGGGCAGUGUCUUGUCAUUGCAGAAUGUCAUUUUUCAAUAAGCCUAUUCUUGUUUAAUGCCAAAUAACUCCAAACUUUGUAAUAGCAAAAAA